AUGAUUAGCCGCCGCGCGGCGGCCACGGCAGCCCUACGCGCCUCUCUGCGGCGUGCCUGCUCUUCCUCCUCCCACGCCGCCGACCCCGACGACCAACUGCUUGGUCUCGUGGAAGCCCCCGAGCCGCAGCGCGGAUCCCGUCUCUCAUCCAAGGACUUCGCCUUUCUUCAGGAGCCCACCGCUGCCCUCCACGCCGCGGCCCUCCCGCCGCCGGAGGCCGUCCUUAUAUCCAAGGCGAUCCGAGCCUACGCCGCCGACUUCGACGGCAAGGCGGAGCGGUUCCUGCGUCGGCACCGGGACUUCCUGAACGACGCUGUGGUUGUGGCGGUGCUCCGGUCGGUGCGCACCCCGGAGCUCUGUGUCAGGUUCUUCCUCUGGGCCGAGCGGCAGGUGGGGUACAGCCACACCGGCGCCUGCUACAACGCGCUGGCGGAGGUAUUGCAUUUUGAUGACCGUGCUAGGACCACCGAGAGGCUGCUGAGGGAGAUUGGGGAGGAUGACCGUGAGGUGCUCGGCAGAUUGCUCAAUGUGAUUGUACGGAAAGGCUGCCGCCAUGGAGCGUGGGACAAGGCGCUGGAGGAGCUCGGGAGACUCAAGGAUUUUGGGUACAGGCCGUCAGGUGCGACCUACAAUGCUCUGGUCCAGGUGCUUGCAACCGCGGGGCAGAUGGACAUGGGUUUUCGUGUGCAGAAGGAGAUGUCAGAGUCGGGGUUCUGCAUGGAUAAGUUCACAGUUGGGUGCUUUGCACAGGCGCUGUGUAAGGAGGGGCGAUGGUCUGACGCACUUGUCAUGAUAGAGAGGGAGGAUUUCAAACUUGACACGGUGUUGUGCACCCAGAUGAUCAGUGGACUGAUGGAGGCCUCCCUUUUUAAUGAGGCCAUUUCAUUCCUUCAUAGGAUGCGAUGCAACUCAUGCAUCCCCAAUGUGGUCACAUAUAGAACACUUCUCACUGGAUUUUUGAAAAAGAAACAGCUUGGCUGGUGCAAGAGGAUAAUCAACAUGAUGAUGAAGGAGGGUUGCAAUCCAAACCCCUCCUUGUUUAAUUCUCUUGUGCAUAGUUAUUGCAAUGCCAGGGAUUAUCCAUAUGCGUAUAAACUUUUAAAGAGGAUGGCUGAUUGUGGUUGCCCUCCUGGCUAUGUCAUAUACAACAUUUUUAUUGGAAGCAUAUGUGGUGGAGAAGAACUGCCAAGCCCUGAUUUGUUGGCUUUGGCGGAAAAAGUUUAUGAGGAGAUGCUGGCUUCUAGUUGCGUUCUUAAUAAGGUGAACACUGCAAAUUUUGCUCGAUGCCUUUGUGGUAUGGGGAAAUUUGAUAUGGCAUUUCAGAUCAUUAAGGUGAUGAUGAGAAAAGGUUUUAUACCCGACACGAGCACAUACUCUAAGGUGAUUACCUUUUUAUGUGAGGCUAUGAAAGUAGAAAAGGCUUUCCUUUUGUUCCAAGAGAUGAAGAGUGUCGGUGUUAAUCCUGAUGUUUAUACAUACACAAUUUUGAUUGAUAGCUUUUGUAAGGCUGGUCUUAUUGAACAGGCGCGGAGCUGGUUUGACGAAAUGAGGAGUAUUGGCUGCUCCCCAAAUGUAGUAACAUACACUGCAUUGCUUCAUGCUUACCUGAAAGCAAAGCAGCUACCUCAGGCUAGUGACAUUUUUAACAGAAUGAUUGAUGCUGGCUGUCCUCCCAAUACCAUUACCUACAGCGCACUAGUUGAUGGCCUCUGUAAGGCAGGUGAAAGCCAAAAGGCUUGUGAAGUCUACACCAAAUUGAUAGGAACUUCUGACAAUGUAGGAUCUGAUUUUUACUUUGAAGGUGAGCACACAGACUCCAUUGCUCCAAAUGUUGUCACAUAUGGUGCACUCAUAGAUGGUCUGUGUAAGGCACACAAGGUGGUUGAUGCUCAAGAAUUGCUAGAUGCUAUGUUAUCGAAUGGGUGUGAGCCAAAUCACAUUAUAUAUGAUGCCUUGAUUGAUGGCUUUUGCAAAGUUGGAAAGAUUGACAAUGCUCAGGAGGUAUUUUUGAGGAUGUCUAAGUGUGGCUACUUGCCUACGGUGCAUACAUACACCUCCUUAAUUGAUGCGAUGUUUAAGGACAGAAGGCUUGAUCUAGCCAUGAAAGUUCUCUCUCAAAUGGUGGAGAGUUCUUGCACUCCUAAUGUCGUCACUUACACAGCUAUGAUUGAUGGACUAUGCAAAAUAGGUGAAUGUCAAAAGGCCUUAAAGCUGCUGUCAAUGAUGGAAAAGAAGGGUUGCAACCCAAAUGUUGUGACGUACACUUCUCUAAUAGAUGGAUUGGGAAAAUCUGGUAAAGUUGAUUUGAGUCUUCAGCUUUUUACACAAAUGAGCACACAAGGGUGUGCCCCUAAUUAUGUUACCUACAGAGUUCUGAUAAACCAUUGCUGUGCUGCUGGUCUUUUGGAUGAGGCACAUUCACUGCUAAGUGAAAUGAAGCAGACUUACUGGCCAAAACAUUUGCAAGGAUACUGCAGUGUAGUUCAAGGUUUUAGCAAGAAGUUCAUUGCUUCUCUUGGAUUGUUGGAGGAGCUGGAAUCACAUGGCACGGUGCCAAUAGGUCCUGUUUAUGGGUUGCUCAUUGAUAAUUUCUCCAAGGCUGGCAGACUGGAGAAAGCCUUGGAGUUACACAAAGAGAUGAUGGAAGUCUCAUCAUCACUAAACAUAACCAGCAAGGAUACAUACACUUCAUUGAUCCAGGCACUUUGUUUGGCAUCUCAGCUUGAAAAGGCAUUUGAAGUAUACAGUGAAAUAACAAGGAAAGGUGUUGUGCCAGAAUUAAGUGUCUUUAUUUGCCUCAUAAAGGGGCUAAUCAAAGCAAAUAAGUGGAAUGAAGCCCUGCAGUUGUGUUACAGCAUAUGUGAUGAGGUCAGUCCACUUGUCACAUAA